UCUAUUUUUUUACAGUUGUUCUACUCUUUUUUUAAAUCACUUGUUGGAAAGGAUGUCGUCGUGGAAUUAAAAAAUGAUCUGAGUAUUUGUGGAACAUUACAUUCUGUGGAUCAAUAUUUGAAUAUCAAACUCGUUGACAUUAGUGUAACUGAUCCUGAAAAAUACCCACAUAUGGCUUCUGUGAGGAACUGUUUCAUCAGAGGUUCUGUGGUUCGCUAUGUACAGUUACCAGCGGAUGAAGUUGAUACACAGUUGUUACAAGAUGCUGCACGUAAAGAAGCAACAGUUUCACGCUAAUUUAUUUUAUAUUUAAUUACAACUCAGGAACUAAUUGUUUAAGAAGUAAUAUAAAAAUAAUUUUGUAAUUAA